AUCAAAGAAGAGGUGCAGAAACUUCUUCCUCUGGAGUCACUGCCUGGCUUCUCCACCAGAUCUGACCUCUGAGUACCCUGCCAACUACAGCAGAGCUGUUCUUACAGGAUUCCUUUAGGAGCAGAUUCAGGAUGAGUAUCCAGAACCCCCUGAGACUCCUGAACCUGGCAGGAAAGAGCCUACUAACUGAUGAGGCCUUGACCAUUUCUACUCUGGAGCAUCUGCCCAUUGAGCUCUUCCCCCCACUCUUCAUGGAAGCAUUCUGUGGAAGACACAGAAAGACCUUAAAGGCCUUGGUGCAAGCCUGGCCCUUUGUCCGCCUGCCUCUUGGGGGCCUGAUGCAGACACCUCAUCUGGGAACCUUACAAGCAGUGCUGGAUGGACUCGAUGUCCUGCUCACACAGAAGGAUCGUCCAAGGAAGUGCAAACUGCGUGUGCUGGAUUUAAGGAAUAUUGGCCAGGACUUCUGGAGAAUGUGGUCUGGAUCCAGUGUCCAUGUGUCCUCAAGCUCAUCAAUGGUACCAAUGGCUGAGGAUGGGUCAAGGAUCGAGAAGCCCUUGGCUCCCUUCAAGGUGUUCACAGAACUUCACCUCAAGGAAAGAACCAUGAAUGAAUUCCUCACUUACCUCCUAAAGUGGAUAGAGCAGAGAGACCCUUUCAUACACUUGUGCUGUAAGAAGCUGAAAAUUGUUUCAUUUCCCAUGGAUAAUAUUAUGAAGGUCCUGAGCAUGGUGCAGCUGGACUGUAUCCAGGAGUUACAUGUGAAUUGCACCUGGCAUCUGUCCACUCUGGCCAUGAUUGCUCCUCUCCUGGGCCAGAUGAGCAAUGUGCAGAAACUGUUUGUCUCCCACAUCCAUCUGCCUGAUCCUGAGGAGUGGGAUGAGCAGCACAUUGUCAAAAUUACUUCUCAGUUCCUGAGGCUGCACCACCUCCAGGAUCUCCAUCUGGAAUCCCCUUUCUACCUUGAAGGCUGCCUGGACCAGAUGCUCAGGUGCCUGAUGAAGCCCUUGGACAACCUUUCAAUAACUCACUGCCUCCUUAGAGAUUCAGACUUGACCCAUCUGUCCCAGAGCCUGAACAUCAGUCAGCUAAAGAGCCUGAAUCUGAGUGGGGUCACCAUGACCUACUCUAGUCCUGAGCUCCUCCCAGCUCUGCUGGAGAAAGUUUCAGCCACCCUCCAAGAGCUAUACUUAGAGCAAUCUGGGAUCAGGGACUCCCACCUCGAGGCCAUCUUGCCUGCCCUGGGCCACUGCUUCCAGCUCACAUCCUUCAGUCUGCGUGGGAACCUCCUCUCCAUGGCCAUCAUGGAGAAGAUGCUGCGACAUACCUCUGAGCUGCCCAGUUUAAGUCGAGAGCUGUACCCUGUCCUUCAGGAGAGUUUCAGCUCUCAGGGGAUCCUCCAACCUGGGAGACUUGCCCAGUGUCGGACUGAACUGCUUGAGAUUCUGAAGGACUUAGGAUGCCCCAGGACCAUCUGGAUUUGCUUCACCCCCUGUCCACACUGUGGAGAUAACACAUUCUAUCAUCCUGAGCCCAUCAUAUAUGGCGGUAACAUUCCAGCCUAGAUCCCAAGCUCUCUACUGAGCACUUGGAAACUGAAAUCUUGGACAAGAUACAUCGUGAAGGGAAAACAGACAUAUGGUUUCAGACAUCUACUCAAUGUGAAUGUGAAAAAGAAAGGUGAUCCUACAGGGGAGCAGGAUUGCAGGGAGAAAUGUAGUCUCCCCAGUAAUGCAAUGCUUGUGGACAUGUGUCCUGUAGAGUCAUAAAUAGGAACCUAAAUUUAUUUAGGUGGAUUUGAACUUGA